UCCGUCGGCGGCACCUCCCCGGCGGGCGGGGCGGGGCGCCUCUCCUUUGCGCCAUGAUGAACAAAUGACCUCGCGGGGAAUGAAAUUUAAGUUCCACCGGGGGGAGAGAGUUCUCUGCUUCGAGCCCGACCCCACCAAGGCCAAAGUGCUCUAUGAUGCCAAGAUUGUUGAUAUUAUUGUCGGAAAAGAUGAGAAAGGCAGAAAGAUUCCAGAAUAUCUGAUCCAUUUUAAUGGUUGGAAUAGAAGCUGGGAUAGAUGGGCAGCUGAAGAUCAUGUUCUUCGUGAUACAGACGAAAAUCGCAGAUUACAACGUAAAUUGGCACGGAAGGCUGUGGCUCGCAUGAGAAGAAAAGGAAGAAAGAAGAGACGUUGCAGGUUGCCUGGUGUUGACUCUGUAUUAAAGAGCCUUCCUGCUGAGGAAAAUGACGAGAGUAGCGAAAACUCUAUAAGUAGUUCUUCUGAUGACAGUGAUGAAGGAACAGAUGAAGAAAUAAAAAGUGAAGACAGUGACAUAGAAGAUAGGACAGAAAUGAAAGAAGAACAAGACACUCAUACAAAAAGGGACAUGGAAGAAAGAGCAAUAAACAUUGAAAUUCCUGAAGUCUUGAAAAAGAAGCUUGAGGAAGACUGUUACUAUAUUAAUAGAAGAAAACGGCUGGUGAAGCUUCCUUGCCAGACAAAUAUAAUAACCAUCCUGGAGUCAUAUGUGAAACAUUUUGCUAUUAAUGCAGCUUUUUCAGCCAAUGAAAGGUCUCGGCAUCAUCAGAUGACUCCACAUGCUAAUAUGAAUAUUCAUUAUGUGCCACCAGAGAAGAAUGUUGAGCUAUGUAAAGAGAUGGUCGAUGGGCUGAGAAUAACCUUUGAUUUCACACUUCCAUUAAUUUUGCUCUAUCCUUAUGAGCAAGCUCAAUUUAAGAAGGUGACUUCAUCAAAAUUCUUUCUUCCCAUCAAAGAAAACUCAACAAAUACUAACAGAAAUCAGGAGGAGCUUUCCCCAAGUCCUCCUCUACUCAACCCACCUACACCUCAGUCAACAGACAGCCAGCCUCCAGCAGGGGAGCCAGCCACACCAAAAAGGCGAAAAGCUGAACCUGAAAUUCUGCAGUCGCUGAGACGUUCUACACGCCAUACCUCUAAUUGUGACAGGUUGUCAGAAAGUAGUGCUUCCCCACAGCCGAAACGGCGGCAUCUUGACACCCCAGCUUCUAUGCCAAAGCUCUUCUUGCACCUGGAAAAAAAAACCCCUGUCCAUAGUGGAUCGUCUUCACCUAUAACUUUGACCCCUAGCAAAGAGGGGAGUGCGGUUUUUACUGGCUUUGAAGGUAGAAGAAACAAUGAAUUGAAUGAAGUUUUGUCCUGGAAACUGAUGCCAGAGAACUAUCCACCAAGUGAUCAACCACCACCUCCAUCAUACAUCUAUGGAUCUCAACAUUUGCUACGGAUGUUUGUAAAGCUACCAGAAAUACUGGGGAAGAUGUGCUUUCCUGAGAAAAACCUAAAGGCUUUAGUAAAACACUUCGAAAUGUUUCUGAGGUUUUUAGCAGAAUACCAUGAUGAUUUCUUCCCAGAAUCUGCUUAUGUAGCUGCAUGUGAAGCCUACUACAGUACUAAAAAUCCCCGAGCAAUCUACUGAAGCUAUUAAUAAAGAUUAAAUCCUACUAUACGUAGCCCAUGACAGUGCUGUUCUGCUACGUGGCUACAAGAUGAAGAUGAAAAAAAAGAAUUGAAACAACUUUCAGAGGUGAAGUAAUAGGGGGAUAUCUUCUCUGAUGGUUGGAUUACUUAAAAUGAAUGAGGAACUUCUUUUCAGAUGUGUAUAGACUGUCUUCUGAAUUGCUUAGAGGAUUGAAUAUAAACCCAACUCCCAACGAACCAAUGAAUGAAGAAGCCCCACUCUGACUUCUAAUGCAUAGGACUGCAGAGAACUACUAAAAAGGAAGGGAGGCAAAAGCAGAUGCAUUAGCAACAGGACAUUUUCAUGAAGAUAGAACAUCAUGCUGUUUUAUUUUAGCUUGACCCUUCCCAGCCUGAGUAGUAAGACUUGGCUACACCAUUGCGUGAAGAGAAUGCAUAACUGCUAUCUUACGGAUUUUUAUCUUACAAAUUGCACUUCGUUUUGUGAAACUGUCACGAUAGAAAAGAUUGCUUAAGUUAAAGGAUUUUUUUCUGCUGUUUGGCUUGUGUGACAUCUGUCUCAAGAAUGACUUUGCUUGAAUGAAAGAUGUGUUGCUUACUUUGCGUUUUGCAAAGAUGUUUCUGGUUCUUGCCAUGGUAAGGCUGUCAGAGUUCCAAGGAGAGCCUUGCCAGCACUUCAACAUUUACCUGGCUAUAAAUGAUUCCAGAGCCAUUAUGAAAAAACAGAUUUUCUACAAGUAAGUGGAGAAGUCAAUAAAGUGAUGGCAGUUUAACUGGCAAACACUUGUUUUCUUAAUAAAGUACAAAGUGGCUGCUGUUUAAA